AUGACGACAAGAGAAAAAUACGAACUUCUAUUUAAUCCAUCACAGAACAGUGAUGAGAAUAAACUUAAGAUAUUAACUGAAUUAAUUGGCGGCGAAUGCAAGCAAUCGGAAAAGAUCGAAUAUUUAUCUUAUCGUGCUAAACUCUUUUCUGGUCGAUUUCAAUGGGAAGAUGUAUUGAACGACAUAAGCGCGAUUGAAACAAUGAAUGGCAACAAACUAAAUAGAAGUUUACGUGGAUUGAAGAUACAUGCCGAAAUACAAAUGGAUUUACGAAAAGUUCGUGAGAAAAUUGGAAAUGCUCUAGCCAGUGGUGGUAAUCCAUUCGUUUCAUAUAUUUUACGUUAUUGA